CUAUCGACCAUGUCACCACCGAGGCAAUUAUCAUCAAAAAGAAAUCUCUUUCUGGCAUUUGAUGCAUUUGGGACUCUGUUUGAACCGAAUUCAUCAAUUCCCAAAGCCUACGGCCAAGCGGCCUUGCGUCACGGCAUCUCGUUCAUCGAUAAACCGGAGCAUGAACUUGUGUUGAAAGAUUAUGACCCAGUGAAAAAAUCUUUCUCUCGAGCAUUCAAGUCGGAAACAACUCGCAACCCAAAUUAUGGAAAGGCAACUGGUCUAGGGGCGGAGAAAUGGUGGGCAAACGUAAUCAACGGGACUUUCCAACCAUUCCUCAAACCCUCUCAACAGGUUCCGAACGCCUUGAUCUCUGAACUGCUCACUCGGUAUUCUACGAAGCAAGGCUACAAUCUCUUCACAGAUGUCUUGCCUCUAUUCCGCAUGUUGAAGGAUCAUGCAUCCAAAGACCGUUCUGCUUCCUCAUGGAAGUGGGACAAAACAGUAGUUGGUAUCAUCACAAACUCUGACGACCGUGUACCCUCUGUUUUGGAGUCUUUCGGUCUGAACAUAGGUCCUCGACGAGUGGGCAGCUGCGUUCAACGCCCAGCGAAAGCAACAACCGACGACGACGACGACAUCAGCUUCGUUGUUCUUUCGUACGACGUUGGACACGAGAAACCGGACCGGCGCAUUUUCGAGGCCGCUGAGCAAAUUUUGAGUCAGACACUCUCCGAACAGGGAGCAGAUGCCAAUAUAGGAAACAUAGAUGAGUAUGAAAAGUUGUAUGUAGGUGAUUCGCUUGAGAAAGAUUACUUGGGUGCCAAAGCAGCGGGAUGGAAUGCAGUAUUGUUGAGGAGGGGGCGGGAAGGGCAGGAGUCUAAGUUCGUGAAGAAAGUCGAUAUGGCCGAGCUGACAGACGGAGAACAAGCUGGCCAGAUAGUUGGCGUAUGUACGAGCCUGGCGGCCUUGACGUCCUGGGUUCCCGAUCAAGUCUGA